CUAGGGAAGAGCAACUUUCACACAAUGACUCUGGCGUUACUAGUUGUCCUUGGGGUAUUGAAAUGUUCCUGGGGGGCCGUUCAAAUAGAAUCCUUCCGCUAUUUUACCAAAAGGGGAUCAUUUACCCAAUAUCCGGAUCCUUUUGUCAUCACGAAUCAAGUCAAUACUUCCGGAUCUCACAUAGAGUGUAGUGGCCUCGCUCAACUGUCUGGCUGUGAUGCCUUCAUAUUUGAUGAACAGGAGAAGAGCUGCGCAAUAACUAAUCAAUCCCUUUACACCAUCGACUUCGAAAAUCAAGGACCUAGCACCAAAAUCGUUGGAUCAAAGUACAGAGAAUUCAAUGCCAUUAAUUCCUCUCUUGUUUAUGUUUAUGUGAGCAGUCAAUACAACCGGGAUCAUCCAUUGGAGUUCAUUAACAUGAAUGCAGGUACUCCAUACGAGGCAUGUACAUAUGAAAUGGACAGCAGCUUGGUCCAGGAUGCUACCACUAGCUUUCAUGGGGGAAGCAUGGUACUGCUGGGGAACGCCCUUCAUUUCUGCUUUCCGUGGCGGCAAGUUAAGACACAAAACAAAACCGUGGGAAGUGACCUAUCCAUUGGUGCUUGCUAUUUUGUAAAACCUGGCCAGCAUUCGUGGACUAAAGUUGUCUUAUUUCCCGAUAACACCCGCCAAGGAGCAUUCACCUUCAAAGUGAACGACACCACGAUGUGGAUAUUGGGCGGUGCAUCCAACUCCGAUUACUAUUUUGAGGGUAACAACAUCCGUCAUGGCACUACAACCCGAACCACCAAGUUUUACCAUUACGAUGGAAGUUCUAGUCAAACCGUCGAUGGACCUGAUCUUCCAACCAAGUUUAAUCUCCCCGAGCUAUCAUGGCUGAAUGAAACACAUGUCAUAUUAUUUGGAUACGCGGAAGACGCGGCGGACGAGCAAAAAUAUUUCAUUAGCAGGUGGCCACCGACCGAAUUUUCGUGGUCAGCUCAUUUAAGACCCGACGGAACAACCAUGCAUGCUUCCCGGAGACCUUCCGCAAAAUUGUACCAAUAUAAUGGCAAACCACAGCUCUUGUUUAUGUCACCUGGAAAACACCCUUGGUUCAUUGACCCAGACACACUUGAGUGGAAGGAAACACCCAUACAUCUUCAUGAAUCUGAUUGCCCUUGGCCAUAUAUCAAUUACAUUGAGGGUGACGCCUUGCUGGUUAAGUUCGAAAGUUCAAGGCAAAUGUGUUUGUUUGAUGGAGGAAAAUGGCACUCAUCGAAAUCCGGGCAUAGAAAUCCCCAACAACUUAUGUAUGCCAAUACUGUCAUACCUCGUAGUAUAUUUUGUUCGUAAUAAAAAAAUGCAGA